AUGACUUUCCUAGAGACGGAAGGAUCACAACAUACAGUCGUAGACCCCGGCAGCUUCACACAGCUGCUGCAUCCGGACUGGGUAUCGAUGGAUGUAGACAAGUUGGGCAAGUCUUUGUACAAUUACGAAGAACAGCCAUUGAAUGAGGCCAUCAAAGGUUUGAAGUUGAAGGCGUUGAAGGAAGCUCUUAACAACAGGCAAGACGAUGUUUUGAUCGAGUACCUGAGAUCAUCGGAAGGCUUGGUAAAUAACGAGCUUAGACGAAGAGUAUGGCCCAUGUUGAUGAACAGUACACUGAGAAACGAAGACAGUUUAGCCGCCGAUGGGUGCAAGUCACUGAAGCUUAACGACGACGCUGCGACUUCACAUCUACUAGACUCGUUUGAUCUCCCGGUUCACAAGGAUGAGGACCAAGUUAUGCUCGACAUCCAACGGUCUUUUACCAUGAUUACUCAUUUGCAAUCUUUCCCGAAUCAAAAUCAGACAGAUUCUUUCGCCAACAUAUACUCGAAGUCAGAUAUCAAUGAAUUAAAAAAGUCAUUGUUGUGUCUAAUUGUCAAGAUUUUGAGGAAAUACCCUUCUUUAAACUAUUACCAGGGAUACCAUGAUGUUGCAAGCAUCAUUUUGAUAGUCUGUUUAAAGCAAGAUGGAAAGUGCAACUCAAUAGACGAGGAGUUGGCAUUUAAAAUUUUGGAAAAGUUGACUAUUUUCCAUUUAAGAGAUUUCAUGGUGACAGAUAUUAACCUAUCAGUUAAUCAUUUGAAAUUGAUCCCUUCUAUCUUAGAGUCUGCGGAUCCACAAUUUUUUGAGUUGCUUAAACAAACUAGUAAUUCUUACAUUUUAUCCAAUGGCUUGGAUUAUGAUUAUAAAUUUUUUCAAGGGCUAUCAUCAAUUCUUACGAUUUUCAGCCAUGAUAUGGCGAGCAUAAAUCAUAUAUUGUUGAUUUGGGAUUUCUUUUUAAGCUACGACUCUGUAUUAGUUGACAUUUAUGUUUACGUUGCAUCAUUGUUGUAUUUUAGAGAUGACAUUUUUUCAAAGCUCAAUAUAUCAUCUGACGAUGACUUGUAUUUUGAGACCAUAGACCAAGAUGUAUUACACAGCUUGGUCGCUCCAUCUGGACUAUUUCACAACUUGAGUGAUCUGGAUUUAAUUAAAAUUUUGAAUAAGGCGAAGUCACUAAUUAAUGAAUAUCCUGUAAAUAAUAUUGAAAAUUCGGAAACCACUUUUAAUAUUUGGUUCAAAGAGUUCAAUAAGAGUUCUGUGUUGUUGAAUACGUCAAAUCUAUAUUCAGAUAGAGAGGUAAGAAAUGAAAUUUAUAAAGACUUGAUUAUUAGCGAUUCUGAAUUCGAUUCAAAUAGUCUAACAAAUUUGUUACGGGCACAGGAGGAAGAGAUUUCCGAAUACACCGCAUAUAGUCUUGCUCUUCAGAACAAGAUUUUAGCUCAGCAGGAUGAAAUGUCGAACUCUUUAAUGACUGAAGGAGGCUCCUCUCAUUUAAACCUGUUAUCGUCAUCUUUAACUAGCUUGGCAUCUAGUACGUCCUCAAUCAAUACAAAAAUUGCCCACACAUCUUCCAUAUUGUUUAAGAAGCUUUUUGAUGUUUCGAGGUCUGGUACCGAUGAUGAUAAAGACAAGAAAGUUAGUAAUCGCAACAAAGCGACACAACUAUCUAAACGUUUUUAUAAAUUAAGUUUCACAAUUGGGUUUGUUGGAUUUCUUAUUCAUUUCCUUUUAGCAAAGUAUGAUCACAAUUUAUUUAGUUUUGUUGGAAGGUCAUUUCAAGAAACGGGUUACUUCUUCAUGAAUAAAGAUUCUUUCGAUACUAUUACCAAAGAAGUGACACAAGUUACCAACGAGAUUAUCGAUGGUGCCUUUGAUAUAGUUAAAGGUGCUAUCGGUACUAUAAAGGGCUCUGGAGGAUUUGGUGUGGGUCAAGUUGGGUUAGGAAACAUGAGAGAUGUGAUAUAUGCGCCUAUGUAA